AUGGCGCACGAGUCGAAUUUUGCAAAACAGACUUACCGCCUAAACGGAGGAAGCCGAAGAGUGCCGGAUGAGGGAGAGGGGCAGGCCGAGGAGGGAGAGGAGCAGGCCGAGGAGGGAGAGGAGCAGGCCGAGGAGGGAGAGGAGCAGGCCGAGGAGGGAGAGAAGGAGGGCGAGCAAGACAACGCAUUUCCAUUACAGAUGAACUAA